AUGCCACUUAAACGUGCAAAGCAGGCUUGUCUCCACUGUCAUCGCCGCCGCAUCCGUUGUGAUGUGUUGCAGCAGCAGCCGUGCUCCAAUUGUGUCACGCAGGAAGUUCCCUGCGAAGUUGGUGUUUCGCGGCGGGGAAAAUAUCCUCGCAAGAAGACUACCAAGACGUCCUUGGAAUCAUCAUCUGCCACUAUCCAGCCUCCGCCUCAGUCUCAUUCUCAGCUACUCCCGCUCCCCGAUCUCACCUCGCCUACCACCAUAACAUCCACCAACGCAUCAACCCUUCCAAUUUCCGCAAGACAAAUAGUUAACGACUCUACCGUCUUUCUCGGCGAGUCAAGUCCCUUAACCUCCGUCAUGGAUCCAACUCAGCCGCCAAAGCUGCAGUACCCGCUGCCCGACCGUCUCGCGCCGUCAAGCACCCGCGACGACGCUGUCCGUUUGCACCAGGUCCAACAAGCCGCGCAGCUGGAGUCUAGCGGUGCUCUGUCUUUCCCUCCAGACGCCACCAUCAAUGCGUUGUUACAAGCGUACUUCCGCUGGUUCCACCCUUGUUUCCCAAUAGUUGAUCGAGCGGCGGUCUUCCGUGCCAGGACAAACACGCCCGCCAGGACAGGAGUCAGCAGUAUCCCCCCUCUCCUGCUUCAGUCAAUGCUCUUUAUUGGCGUAAGCCUUUGUGACGAUCAGACCUUCGCGAAAACCGAGUUCCCCGUCCGGUACCGCGCGAAAUUUCUCUUUUACUCGCGGGCGAAGGCAAUUUACGAGGCUGAUGCGGAGGCAAGUCCGAUUGUCAAGCUCCAGGCGCUCUUCAUGCUCAGCUUCUGGCGCGGCGGGCCAAGCGAGGAGCGUGAUGUGAGGUACUGGCUGGGGAUUGCAAUUAGCCUUGCUCAGAAGAGGGGGAUGCAUAUGAUGUCUCAAUUCUCGCCUCCGCCAAGGGAGAAGAAGUUAUGGAAGAGAAUAUGGUGGGCUUUAUACACACGCGAUCAACAAAGCGCCGCUGCUCUCGGCCUACCACCACGCAUACGUGACGAAGACGGCGACGUAGAGAUGCUUUAUCCAGACGACAUAUUGGAUGAGGAAAGUGUCGAAAACGAUAUUUAUGGUCCUCAGAAAAGGCAGGAUCUGGUAUAUCCAGUUGAGAUGGCUAAGCUGGCCAGAUUGCUUCGCACGAUUGUAUCUACGCAAUACCUUCACCACCAACAACCGGACCUUGCUACGAGAAAUUCUCUAAACAAGCAACUCUGUCUGUGGGAGUCUCACUUACCGGUUGAGCUCCGUCUGGACCAUGUCUCGCCAGAUUCGCUCUUCUUGACUGGCCUUCUACACAUGACGUACCAAAACCUAUACAUCCUGCUCCACCGCCGUACCUUCCUCGACCCAACCCCUCAUGAUAGCGGCCAAAUUGCCCUGGACGCUGCAACAAAAAGCACGCGUAUCUUGGAAGAUUUACUGUCCCAUCAUCUUGUCCAGCAUGCUCCACCUCACCUGAUCACACACGCCUUCUCGACCCUUUGCAUCCAUACAAUCCACCACCGACGGAACUCUGGCACAAUGCGGACGCUGGCUGAACACCGCGCACGACUCUGCCUCCUCAGCCUUGAAGAGUUGCAAAAAUCUUGGGAUCUGGAAAACUGGGUUCUACACUUGUUCUUUCGAGGGCUGGAUGAUCGGACCGCUGAGAGCUUGCGCCGGAUGAGUGAGAGUCACGUUGACCACCAAGAGACUCAGGGACCCAACGUGACCCCAGGUGAUGCCACCACUAUCGUGGCUGCGCCUGAUAAUCUACCCACUGGGCCUCCCGCCAGUUCUGGAGAGAUGUUCAUGCCAAUGGCCCAGGACGACUGGUACGGCUGGGUCCCUUGGGAAGACCAAGCAGAUGCGCUUAACUUACAGAACUUGGAGUUUCUGUAUCGUUUUUUGUAG